GUUUCUGCUUACGUCUGAAGAAAUCUUUCCAGCAGUCCUGAGACAGGAGACAUGAUGGAAAGGGUGAUAGGGCUUAUACUCUACACAAUUAUUGAAAGAUAUAAUUAACCAAAUACAUAAAUUAUAUAAAAAAAGUCAUAUUUAACUACAAAAUGACAACUUCAGAAACAUAAAGUUACUGAUAUUUUUCAGCUAAUGGAUACACAAGUUUAAGUAAUACAAAAGUUACGGCCUCUUUGGACUAUACUCCAUGGAUUUUUAUUCUUCUUUGAAAUGAUGUGAUGUCAACUUCGGUAAAUAAAGUGAAGACUAGAAUGAAGCAUCAGAAACGUCACCUUGUUUUUUAACAGUUUAAAUAUCUAACUUUAAAUAUAAAAAUACUGACUUUUAACUAUAAAUACCUAUAUUCUUACAAAAUUAAACAAAAAUGGCAAACCUUCAAAUGGAAGAAAAACAACUUUACGGUGCACUGACAGUGUAUCGUGAACGUGGAGCAUAUCUCAGGAGGCUUGAACAAUUUGAGAAGGCGAAGGAUUCUUAUGAUGAGGCCUUCAAGAGCACUCCAGACGAUGUCCGUACACUCACUGGACGCAGUCAAGUGUGUGCCGAUGCUGUGCAGCCGAUGCAAGCGUAUGCAGAUGCGGACAUGGCGCUCAAACUGCAGCCCGGCAAUAUGAACGCUCGCAACAUGCAGGCCCGAGCUAUGUAUACUAUGUCCGACUUCGAAAGAUCGGUCGUCAUGAACUUUCGCGGUGUUAGGGCUCGCCGACAACCACCUUACUUCAUCGAAGGCAUCAAUCAAGGCGUAGAAACAAUUCAAGACUGCAUUGGAGAAAACGCUGGAAAUGUGAUGUUAGAUUUUUUACCAUUAAUCAAACAAGUUGAAGCUGCACGAACCGAUGAAAACGAACCUCAGAAGAUUUUGCAUGUGUCUCGAAUACCGCAGCCGUUACGUAAAAAGAAAUUGACGCAAAUGGAAGCCCGGAAACAUUUGACUUUAGCUAGAGUUCUAGCAAUGAAGUAUCUCGGACCUAUGGCUUACGAUAAGUUUUUUCUUCAAGAAUUAACUGAAGAUAAGCGUAUACAUUCAGCUAAUGCAGGAGGUAGUUUAGAAUUGAAAGCAUUAGUAAAAGAAGCUCUUCGUUCUCUUACUGAGCGACAAGAAAUGUUGCGUUCUCAGAGACCUUAUUACACUGUUAAAUUAGCAGAAAAAGCAGAAUCCAAGUACCAAAAUAAAUAUAAAGAAGCUAUUCUUAUUAAAGAACGUGAGAUUGGCGCACGUACCUCUGAACGUCUAUUGAAGCAGAUUGAGAAAUGUCUGCGCGAAAACCGUAUUAUGGACUUAAUUGCUCAAGCAGAACGCAUGCAAAUAUUCCUAGACGGCAAAACACCCCGAACAUUGCCUGAUAAGGAAGUGUACACAGAUCGAUUAUAUCGAGCUGUCGGAGAAGGAUACUUGGCACAACAUCGUUUGUCCUACACUCUCAGUGAGCGUGGAAAUCGUCGUCGUAUUGCAUUCCUCAUGGGACUCCCUGUCGGUCGUCCUACUUCCUUCGAUUCAGUUAUGGCAAAUUAUCCAUAUAAAUUUAUUGAUAUCAAGCAGGCUACUGAAAAGGUUAUGCUUACACUUGAAAUGUGCGAGAAUUCUACUAUGAAAUGUUGGUUGCAGUAUGAACUCGCGCGUCUUUUAUGUACACAAAAGAAUUACGCGCUGGCUAAAUUCUAUGCCAAAAGAUGUCAACGUGAAGCUCAGGAGUUGGGUAAUACGACAUGGUGGCUAAACGGGUGUUUCGUUUUAAUGAGCGGUGAUAUGCAGCAAGGUAAUGCAAACGAAGUGCGCAUUCAGGUUGAAGAGGCUUACGAAUGGUCAAAGAAGAUGCAAGAUCCAGAACGUGUACAGGCGUUCCUCGCCAAAUGUGCGGAAAUGGCAGCAGAGACGGUGGCGUCAGACGAACGCAAGGCUAUAGUGCAGCGGGAAAAGCAAAUUGUGGCUGUGUUGGAUGACACUCUAAAGGUGGAGACUGAAGUUCUAUUCAAGCGGAUGUCGACGGUGCCUGCAGGGCGGCGGUUCGCGGUUCUGCCGCGGAAGCCGGAGCCGGGCCAAGACAAGGUGGAGCGGCGUAAGAGGCGCCAGCGUGGUCUCACAAUCAUUCCUGGGCAAGAGAAAGCUUUGCCAGCCCCUCCCAAGUCGAAGGUUUUGGGCUUCCAAUUAUUUGAUAUUUAAUUCGGUUGCUUGUUUCGAAAAUGUAUAUAAAGCUUUUAGUCUGAAAUACAUUUUGAGACAUACCUACUUAAAAAUAGA